AGGACUGUGAAGGUUUUGGUGUGGGAUUUGCUCUUGGUCCUCAUGUUUUUCGUUCCUGAUAACAUUAUCUCAUUAUACGGAACAUUAUCAAACUUUGGAUCGGGGUUGUUUCUUCUGGUUCCAGUUAUUAUACUGCUGGAUGCCACAAAUACAUGGAAUGAUGUCUGGGUUGAGAGAGGUGAACGCAAAUGGUGCAUACCGUUACUUGCUGUGUUUGUGUGCUAUAUAACAACACUUACAAUAUCAGGACUAAUGUUCGCUUGGUUCAACCCCUCAGGCCAUGACUGCAAUCUUAAUGUGUUAUUUAUUGUCAUGACCAUCAUUCUCGCAUUUGGUUUUGUAAUUAUUACAUUGCAGGCUAAUGCAAGUCUUUUGCCAUCUUCUGUUAUUUCUGUGUAUUGUUCGUAUGUGCUCUACAGUGCUCUCUCAAGUGAGUCUCGAGAUUACGUGUGCAAUGGUCUCAACAACAGUUCAAAUGGAGUAACCACGCGUAAGCUAAUUCUUGGUAUGCUCAUAAUAGUUAUCUCUGUCUUGUACUGUGCUUGCCGGGAUGGAUCCUCACUAAAGUCAGGUGACAGAAACCCUUUUGUGAACUUUGAGCAGAGAAAGGACAGAGAACCUGAUGCUGUGCUAUUUGGUUAUUCCUAUACAUUUUUCCACCUGAUUUUCGCGUUCGCUAGCGUGCAUUCAAACAUGCUUAUUACAGGUUGGACUGGCUCACCGUCAUUCAACUCAGAGUUGGUUAAUAAUGGCACAUCUGAAUUAUUUAUCUCAUUUUUAUUGGAAGUACAACUUAAUGGUCUUUCCUUACCAGAAUGUUUGGCCUCGUUCUUUAAGGAAAUUAAGGUGUGGAAACAAAAGGCAAUCUUGAACAAAAGAUCAACAGAACUGCACAUUAAGUGUUAG